AUGUGAUAGUAUUUCUGUGUCCUAGUCUGCCCAGUAUUACUGCUGGAAACGUGGAUAUGCGUCGUCGCUGUUGGAAAUCCAUAUGCAUGUUGCUUAUUGCUGGCGGCCUCGGCAUCCUUUUCGGCAGCCUUAUGACGUCACCCCGCUCGUUGCCAGGCAACCACUGGAUACGAGAUUCAUCAAGCGCAUGGGGGAAGGGUUCUUCCAUGCCAAGAAACCACAACCAAUCAUCACCAUAUACCGAUGUGUCGAAACAAUGUUCCAAAAUGAACAACAUUGCAUUUUUGAAGGUACACAAGUCCGGUAGCACAACAGUAGCCAACAUCUUACAACGCUACGCUAUCAGGAACCAGCUCAACAUUGUUCUUCCAAACAAGAAGAGGGGGUCAUAUGGCUUCAAUUACCUUGGAUACAAUGGGAAUUUUACCAUGGAGUCAGUUAUUCCGAUUCCUCGCAACGAGACUUAUAACAUACUAUGCAACCAUGUAAUAUAUAACAGAACAAUGUUCAAGAAACUAAUACCCAAAGAUUCCUUCUAUUUAGCCAUCGUUCGAGAACCGGAAGAAAGGUUUGUCUCCGCCGCCUUCUACUAUGGACUUGUGGGUAAACUAAAGAAAACGGUGCCCGGUAUCAACUCUACCAAAUACAUAUUUUCAGAAUGGUUAAAGAACCCUUGGAAGUAUGGGGUCAGUAUGGAAGUAUAUAACCAUGUGGCGUAUGACUUCGGGUUGCCCCGACAGAGCUUCCAUAACCGUAGUGUGGUAGACGCGUAUGUCAGCUCGUUGGAUUCGGAUUUCGACUUCGUUUUACUAAUGGACUAUUUUGACGAAUCUCUGAUGCUUCUGCGUCGCAGGUUGUGUUGGAGCAUGAAGGACAUGAUUUACCUGAGAAGUAACCCGGGAACAAAUAAAGUGGAUUUCGCUUUCAGCGAGGACGACCGGAAGCGGUUGAAAAAGUGGCAAAUGGCGGACGUCGCCAUCUUUGAACAUUUCCAUGCCCGGUUCUGGCGUCAGGUGGAGGCGGAGCGGAGGGGGUUGUUCCUGGAGACGGCGUUCUUUAAACAGGCCCUGAGGAGGGUCAGUGAUUUCUGCAAGUACGGGAAGUGGCGAUGGCCGUCGGUGGACAUUGCGUCCUCGCCCUGGAGUGAAUCCUUCACAGUGACUUUGUAUGACUGUCAUGAGAUGGAAGCCAGGGAACUGAUAGUUGUUCAAAGACUUCAGCGAUCCGCCUGGGCUAGAUAUAAUGCCUCUUUGACAAUAACACCAGAACCUAAAAUACACAACUAAUGCUAGAUGCAUGUUAGAAAAUACUAUUCAUGUAAACUUAUGACCAUUUAGCUUGAUGGAUGAGUAAGAAUCAUUCCGACCCGUAAAGAUCCGUGGUAGAAUAGGUCUUCAGCAACCCAUACUUGCCGUAGAAGGCGACUAUGCUUGUCGUAAGAGGCGACUAACGGGAUCUGAUGAACCCGCUAUUGAUGGAUUAUUGGUUGGUUGGUUGGUUUGUUGUUUAACGCCGCACUCCGCAAUAUUCCAGCUAUAUGACGGCGGUCUGUAACAUAAUCGAUGUAUCAACCAUGUCAACGAGCCUGACCACCCGAUCCUUUUA